AUGGCUGCACACUCGCCGAAACCGAAGUCCCGUUUCAGCAUCAUGAAGACACUCCCGAUACUUGCCCUUGGCGCGGCUGCGACAGCGUUGCCCUCAGCAAUCGAUCUGUCCCCACGAGCCUCCAUCUCAAAAGUCGAUGGUCUCAAGUUCAACAUUGAUGGUGUAACUAAGUAUUACGCUGGAACCAACUCCUACUGGAUCCCUUUCUUGACAAACGAUAAUGAUGUCGACGUAAUCAUGGGCCACCUAGCCACCUCGGGCCAGAAAAUACUCCGGAUAUGGGGUUUCAACGACGUCAAAACCGUUCCAGAUUCCGGCACAGUAUACUUCCAGUCCUUCUCUGGAUCUACCGCCACGAUCAACACAGGCACAAAUGGUCUCCAGCGCCUCGACGCCGUAGUCAAUGCUGCAGAAAAACACGGAAUAAAGCUCAUCAUCAACUUUGUGAACAACUGGACCGAUUACGGGGGCAUGGCCGCCUACUUUUCCGCGUGCGGCGUAAUUAGCAAUGCGCAGUGGUACACAGCGACCAAAUGCCAGACCAUGUACCAGGCGUACAUCAAAGCUGUCAUUUCGCGUUAUCGCGACUCCAACGCUGUGUUCGCGUGGGAACUGGCCAAUGAACCGCGCUGCAGUCUCUGCCAGACAUCGGUGCUUACGAACUGGAUCCGCCAAACGAGUGACUACAUCCGCUCUCUCGACUCGGACCACAUGAUCACCGUGGGCGAUGAGGGCUUCGGUCUUUCAGGCGACGGCUCCUACCCCUACCAGUACACUGAAGGCAUAGACUGGGAAGCAAAUCUGAAAUUGGGCAACAUAAGUUUCGGCACCUUCCACCUGUAUCCGGAUAGCUGGGGCGUAAGCAACUCGUUUGGUGACGGCUGGAUUGAAGCGCAUGCUCAGAUCUGUCAAAAGCUCAACAAACCGUGUCUGUUUGAGGAAUAUGGCGUACCCAAGAAGGAGGACCACUGUCCUGUGGAGGGGGGUUGGCAGAAGACCAGUCUGUCGCUGAGAGAUAGUGGGAUGGCGGCGGAUCUGUUUUGGCAGCUGGGGGACACGGUGCAGAGUACGGGACAGUUGACGCAUGAUGAUGGGCAUACAGUUUAUUAUGGGGGUGCGGACUGGAAGUGUUUGGUUGAUGAGCAUGUCAAGGCUAUCGGGUAG